GAGGGCGGGUGAGUCAGUGGGCGGGUUUCAGCGCGACUGCUCCGUUCAGCUAGGAUUGACAGCUCCUUCCUUCCUUCCUUCCUAGUGUAGCCGUUAGCUCUGCGGCUGUAUCACCGGCUGUUUGAAUGGUUUAGCGGCGGAAAGAAAAGCAGAUCUGUGAUGCGAGUGUUAUUUCAAUACAAAUAGUGUUAACGUUACGGUUGACUUAAUUUACAGAGAAGCCACACUGAAACAAGGUAAGAGGCUGAGUGACUGAGAGAAGGAACAAGAGAGAGAGAGAGAGAUAGAUAGAGAGGCCAUGGACCAGCAGAGACAGAGAUCUCUCUCCACAUCAGGAGAAUCGCUGUACGCCGUGCUGGGACUUGAUAAGGCCGCAACGACAGAGGACAUCAAGAAAUGUUACAGGAAACUAGCAUUGAAGUUUCACCCAGACAAGAACCCGGACAACCCAGACGCAUCUGAUAAGUUUAAGGAAAUCAACAAUGCCCACUCAAUCCUCAGCGAUGCCACUAAGAAGAACAUCUAUGACAAAUACGGUUCGCUGGGGCUCUACGUCGCAGAGCAGUUUGGAGAGGAGAACGUCAACACCUACUUUGUUCUGUCCAGCUGGUGGGCGAAGGCCUUGUUUGUCUUCUGCUGCCUGUCCACAGGCUGUUAUUGCUGCUGUUGUCUGUGUUGCUGCUGUAACUGUUGCUGCGGUAAAUGUAAACCUCGGCCGCCCAUGGACCAGGAGCCCGAGUUCUACGUCUCCCCCGAGGACCUGGAGGCCCAGAUGACCGCUGACGAGAGAGAUGGCGGUGAGCCCAUCGUGAUGCAGCCAUCCUCAGCCACAGAAACCACCCAGCUCACCACUGAUGCCCACCAAAGCUACAGGACCGACGCAUACUAGACACACACACACUCACACCUGACAAUGAACCACAGCUAUAGUAUCAACCAAUAACACUCAUACACACACCAGCAAAUACUAGAUACCAUAUCUCACAGUCAGCCAUCACACCGCUCAGUCUAAUCGUUUACCUUUAAUUCACGUUAAUGUGUGUAUAAUAAUGUAAAGUGAGGGGAGAAGGAGGAAAAAUACACACACACAUAAAACAAUUUGCAGAAUGCAGACAACACGAGUGAUCCUGUAUUUCAUCAUGAUUAUCCAGAGUAACAUUCCUCUUUAGAGUAACAGAUGAGCUCAUAGUUCAGCUCACAUUAGGAGGCUAGUAUCAAAAAUAUCCGUCAUGUCCAGGGUUGCAAAAUUCCGGGAAUAUUCAAAGUUGGAAACUUUCAAUGGGAAUAAACUGGAAAUGUUGGGGUAAUUUAACUGUAUGUACCUUGUCAUAAGCAGACAUGCAUGCAAACAUUUAUAAUACAACUUUUAAAAAUGACAUUUCUGACAUUUUGUGAGUAGAACUUUAUUCUUUCAUCGAACAACAAAAACAUGAACGUUGAAUAAAAAAGGUGUAUUCCCUAUGAUCACCACCCCCCAACCCACAUUUUUUUUUUUGUGUGUGUUUUUCCCUGAAUCCUUUCAGGUCAAAAUGCUUUCUUCCUGGACCUCAUCAACGUCCUCCUCACUGCUGUAAAGUUAGUCUACUGUAUACAAAUAAACUUGGUAUUAAAAUGAACAUGGCUUCAGUUUACCAAGUAAUCAAUAUGCUAGGUAAUGACAAACAGUGUUGGGAAAGUUUACUUUCGACAUGAACUAGUUCAGUUCAUAGUUCACAAAUUUUAAAAUGAACUAGUUUAGUUCAUAAUUCAACAUUUUGAACUAAGUUCACAGCUCCAAAAAAUUAACUAGUUGAGUUAUUUUUUUCAAUAUGUUGCAACCUAUAAUUUAAAUCUCUAUCUGUCUGCAAUACCGCUCUUGGCCUCUAUGCAACUCGGCGCUCUCACACUUGCCAGGCAUAGGGCUGAAACGUUCAGACAACACUGAUGACAAAGACGGUCAAAAACAACAGCACGUUUUAUGUUUACGUUUAUGUUUCUGGCAGACAAUGUUCCCAACCAGCUGCAUUCAGGGUCCAGCUGAGUUAGGCGUGCAUAGUCUUGUUCUCAACUACGUUUAAGUUCCCUGUUAUAUGCUUUUGCAAAAAAAAUUCCCAUGGAAACUUUCCGGAAAUUUACUGGAAACUUUCCGCCCCUUUGCAACCCUAGUCAUGUCAGAUGCAGUUAGAAGCACAGAGGGGUAAGCUUUUCAAAACACAGAGACACAUUUACUUCAUACAUUACAAGCUAGUUUUACCUGGAGGAAUUAUGACUGUAUUACAAAAUUCAUGAGGAAAAAAAGCAUUAAACCUAAAAAUUGUGUGUGUUUGCAAACCCUAGUCUAGUGAAUUACCUGCAACUUAAUUCUAGGUAAUUCACCAGUUUAAGAUGAAUCCGGCCAGAGAUUUAAAUCUCUUCUCCUAGAGUAAAACAACCCAAUGUGUAUUUUAACCCUUUUAAGUCUAUUUUCUUCCGUACUACAGCGAUUGUGUGUUGGGCUCUGAGCGAUGCCAAAGCGUGGUCGACCUACACAUGCAAUCUGCAUGACGUACAUUUCGUUGUCUGCCCAUAUCAGCUAGGGUAACCACAGACUGUCCACAUGCAGCCCAAAGGUUAUGACACACACUGUCCCCGUGACAAACUUUGUACACAGACACACAAGACUCUUCUCAGUUUUCUAUUUCGUGCCUCCUCGUCUCCUCUCCCCUCCGUCCUCUUGCCUGUAACCCUGAAAUCAAUCUCUGUGAAUUCAGAAGUGUUUUUGCCACGUGUGACGUAUAAAAGAGGCGUGACACAAAGCUAUGCCCCACUUCACAAUCAGCGGAAGUUGCUUUAAAAGGACGGCUCCAAAGCACAGAGGCCUGUAUCCUUGUCUCCUCUCUCCUUGUGUGUCUAACUUUGCUCGCAUCUCAGAUGAGAGGGACAGGGCGAGGAGAUGAGCAAAGGAAUCGAGGAUGUACAAACUGAAAAAUGAGAAGAGUCCGUAGUACAAACAGAAUUACAUCUGUGUCUGUUUUGGACUAUAUCCGACUUCUGUGUGCUGUUGAGACUACAAGGAAUUGCCAUCUCGCAUAUUUGCCAAGUGGAAAUUUAUGCAAUGCGUUCCAGGAAAGAGUUUUUUGACACGUCAUAGAAGGGUUUUACCCUUGAUGUCUAGAUUUUGGUCUUUAUAUACUACGUGGAUGAGAAACAAGCGGUUUCCUUUUAGCUUGUUAGGUUGUUAAGAAACUCUCUUAAGGCUUCUCGCUCAGUCCAAGGCUGGCAGGAAGUAGAUUACUGAUCCUGUCUAUGAGUGCGGUUAGGAGUUUAAAAGGCCAUGUGGCUGUUUAAAACACUUGUAGUAUAUAGAACAACUUUAUUGUAAGACCAAAGUGUUUCUGCUUAUGUCCUUGAUCAAGGUCAUUUAUUUGUCCUCACCCUUGUGAACAUCACCACAGGAGCUCCUCUCAGUGUGAAGAUGGCAGCUCUCACUCACACAACCAGUGUCCCACUGGCAUCGGGUACCCUCACAAUUGAAACAGUUUGCUCACUUAUAUCUGGUUCAACAGGUUUUGUGCCUCUCCAUUCUGAAAUAAUAAGUGUGGCAUGCAGACUCCAUUAGCAAGUAAAUUCCCAUCAUCCAGCACAUUAAUACUGCACGAUUAAUCAAGUUUGCAGCCAGUCUGAAACAGCUUUCUUGAGGAAACACCUGACUGAACUGAAAUCUACACCAGCCAGAACACAAAGUACUGCUAAAUGUUGACUGUGACGGGUGUGUUUCUACUCCCUCAAAGAACGUCCUGUUCAUUGAGAAGUCUCAAAAGGUCUUCUAGUAAUAAUUAACUCCUAUUAAAUCUUGAAAAAGUUGCUUCAGUUUCUCAGUAGUAGCAGUAAUUAUUGGCCACAUUACUUGUUAUUAACGCUACUGCAUUGUAGAUUUGCCAUGGUCCUCUUCCUUCUCACUUCUUCCUUCUUUUAUACUUUAACCUUAAUCCACGUUUUCUUCCACACCAGGAAUUGGGUUUAGAAAGCUGUGUGUGCUGUGGGAGCCAGUGUUAUUAGUAGAGACAAGUACAAUAUCAUACAUUAGUGACCUCUUGGUGUCAUCCAGAAGAACACACAUAUAUACACUGAUUGAGCCCACUUUUUGUGUGUUUUUAGUUUUUAACUUGUUUUGUGAGAAAGUAAAAAUGCUGUACAUGUCGUUUAAAGUGUAUGUUUAGAUUUAACGUCACUGUAUUUCUUUCGAGUUUUUUUUUCUUCUUUUUCUGUAGAAUUGCUUUCCAUUGUUUUUCUUUUCAUAUUUAUGUUGUUAAUGAAGGGAUGAUAUUGCUAUCCAAAGUCUUAUUUGUUUAUGUGGCAGCAGUUUUGUAGAUUAUAUAAUCCUAAUAGCAACUGAAGAGCAGUUUACAACAAACAGACUGAUUACGUAGAGUAUAAUUUUUCAGAAUAACACUCAUUUUCUUUUUUUGUAGUUUAUCUAUAUUAAGUAGCACUCCAUCUCUGCUAAAGUAGGAAAUGCAGGAACACUGUGGUUGUUUGUGUCAACAGUUUGAUUUUUGUUUGUGAUUGAACCAACCAGGCUAAUUUAUUCAAUAUAUUUUCUUUGAUUCCUCAACCAAACACUUAGUUCAUUAUGUAUUUAUACAUAUCAUGAGACGGUGCAAUAUGAGCUAAAUAAUUCCCCUUAAAUUCUCUUCCAAUGGUCCGAUUGCAAAUUUCAAAGGUUUCAGGGAAUCUGCAGGGUCAUAAUUGUAAAAAAGGUUCUUAAUUAGCUAUUUUUUAAGCAAAGAGAAUAAGAGUUAACACAUUAAAACUGUUCAAAACAGGCUGCUUAAGUCUGAUUGUUAUUCCUUUUAAUAGUAUUUAAGUUUGUAAUUCAGAGUUUGGACUCCAAUUUAGGAUUAAAAAUAUAUUUUUAGGGACCUUUUAAAGAGUUUUUAUGAAACUCGAAGAUGCUCCUUUUGAAUUUGAUUUAUCUUGAUUAGUUUUGUGCUUCAUGUCGUGUCCACUGAAAUGCUACAUUGUUAUUAAAAUCCCUCCUUUCCUUUUUUUGUAAUUUUCCUCUAUUGACCAAACAUGCAACAGUGUCUGAGUGAAUGCCAGGUGAAGCCUGAAAUACAUAAACCUGGAGUCUAGAAACUUCCAUUGUUAGAUCUAUAACAAUGUCAAAAUAAAUAACAAUAACUAAUCUAAGUGAAUACAGCGACCAGAUCAUAAUGAUAUCGAAGCAUUAUUUUAUUUAUUUUAUUUCAUUUUUCUUAUGUCUUUAAUAAUCUAACAAGUAGCUUGCGUGUUGAGGGGAUGUAUAGAAUUUUAGAUGUGAACUAUUUUGACAAUGAAGUGGCAAAAUGACAGACCUGCUGUAUAUACACGCAGUGGCAGAGUACAUAGAGACUUAGAGAUGUUCUGUAGCAUGAACUGAAGAUGUUUGUGUCUGUCAGGCAGAUGUGUGGCUAAAUGAAGUAUAUGACACACUGUUGUUAAAUAAAUGUUUAUGUUGCUUCAGA